UGACCCGAUAGUGUCAGUAUUGUUGAAAAAAUCUCUGCCGCUUUAUAUAACUUAAAAUGACAUUUAUCCUAGCCCUGGUGUUGUCUGGAUGGUCCAUAUAUCAUUGGAUUUAACUUUCUGCUGCAUUAUGGGAGCUUGGUGAUUUUUUAGCAGGAAUAGAUGAUGCGCGUACAUUGCUCCUGUGGUGCAGCAUUCUGCACAAGUAACACCUAUGUGCCAGUGCAACAAAGAAGGGGACAUAAUAAAGAACACAUGAAGUUUUCACCCUUAGGAAAGUUUAACUAUUUCCACGACCAUCUGAAGAUGCCAUCAAAUGACAUUCAUGCUCGGAGAAAACGGCAUAAAACAGCCUUGGCCAUCGUACAGGAAUUGGGCUCCGAGAGUAAUGCACAUGGCCUUGCCAAAAUUGCUAUGUCACUGCAAACCAAACGAAAGGUCAUGUGGUCCCUGCUUGUGAUUAUCGGAUUUACAGCCGCCGCGAUUCACUUAUCCUUUCUCGUAAUUAAAUACCUACAGUACAACGUAGUGGAAGUUUCAGAAAUGAAAGACGGGAUGCCAGUGGAGUUUCCGUCUGUGACGAUUUGUAACACGCAGGCUCUUUCUCUUACCAAACUAAAGCAAAGAAUGAACGAAAACCUUGACAUAACUAACUGGAUCAAUUUUAUAUACCAAGCAAAGUUUGGUGAACAUUUCUCACGUGUGGAAUCCAUUCAAGGAUUUUAUGAAAAUUUAUUCCAGGAAGCCCAUAUAGUGGGGCAUGAAAUAAAUGACACACUUCUACACUGUCGAUUUAAUCAAAGGCCAUGCUACCCUCACAAUUUUACCAAAUUUUUCGAUGGAAAAAAUUACUACAACUGUUACACAUUCAACAGCAAAUUAGGUGAGGAGGGCAUGCAGUAUAUGCACACUACAGGGCCACAAUAUGGAUUGUCCAUUGUCAUGGCACUUGAUAAUGAUGACCCCCCAUUAGGUAGUUAUGGACUCUACAACCAAGAGAGUAAUAUUGGCCACACCGCUGGGCUGAGGGUACAGGUCCAUGCCCCUGAGACGAUGCCUAGCCCCAUGGACCAUGGAUUUGAUAUCCCUCCAGGAUAUUCAUCAUCUGUUGGUCUAAAAACUGUCAUGAAUUCACGGAAAGCCUAUCCGUAUGGAAAUUGUACACACGAUCGACUGACCAGAAAUCCAAAAUAUCGUAAUACGAUAUUCUCGUGUUUUCAGUUAUGUAAACAGGAGAUCGUGAUAAGAGAAUGUCAGUGUAGGACGUCUGGACUUCCCUAUACAGAGAAACAGAGCAACCUCUCCUACUGCGGAACCUUCCAGAACUGGCAGUCCCUCUACGCUGAACUCAGUAAGACCGGGACCUUCAACAGGACCAAUCUCUACAACAGGAAGUUAGACUGUGAGGUCAAGGUUCUACACCGUCUCUCUAAUGAUCGGAGUUACGAGGUGGGCUGCCAGUGCUUCCAACCUUGUCAGGAGACUUACUAUCAAAAAUCUAUCUCUCUGUCUUACUGGCCCCUGGAAUUCUACCAGUACAAUGCUUUGCAGAAUUUCUAUGGGAUUUUACAAGAUUCGACGAGAAUUAACGAUUCCUUCAUGGCAGAGGCUUACUACAAUCUUCAUGAAAUUAUCAAAAAAUAUGAACCGCUGGCUCAAAAUAUGACAAAGGAAAACCAAGAACGAAUGCUAUAUGCUGAUAUUCCCAUGGACGAGCGACAGAAGCAAGCUCGGGCCACGCAAUUAAUUCAUCAAAAUCUACUUCGUCUUAAUGUUUAUAUAGAGGAUCUAAGUGUCACUGAAUUUAAGCAGAUGGCUGACUAUGGAAUAGCAGAUUUGUUGUCAGAUAUCGGUGGCACACUAGGACUUUGGAUGGGGAUAUCCAUUUUAACAAUUAUGGAAUUAGUGGAAUUAGCCAUUCGCCUUAUGGCACUACUUUUCAAAUCUGAAAAUAAAUAUCCUGACCACCAUGAGGACAAUGGAUCAGCCAAUGGUAUCUUGGAACAAAAUACGGAUAGGACGAUUUAUCCUCAUGACACUUAUGCCCCAUAUUCGCAACCUGAAUAUCAGACUUUUGAAAAAAAUGAUUACGGUCGGACUUCGAACAGUGAACCUCCUGAUUCACCAGUUUGAUUUUUCUUGUUAUCUCCCCUUUAUUCCCAUGGAAUUACACUAAACUGGGAUUUAUAUUUUGUCUGUGAUAUAUUUUGUACAGUGAUGAUUUGAAUCAGGUAUCAAGUUAUUGUUGAAGCUGGUACAUAUGCUAUAUCUAUUGAAAUUCAUAGAAAGUAGGUCAGAAUAUCAUAAGAGGGAAAUGUGCAAUAUAUUAGCCAAGGGGAUAAUGCCUCCCAAAAAUGAUGUGAUUUAUGAUUUAUACUAUAUAUAUUAUUACCUAUUCUGAUGGUAUGCUUGAAGAGUCUACUUUGCUUUUAUGAGAUCAAAAUACUGGGCAAAUAAUGUUAAUGUAAGUUGUGAAAUCACUUUCCCUAAUUUUUUUAAGGGGGAGGUGGGGGUUAAUAUAUUUUCAGGGUUUUUCUAAGGUAUGGCGAGACCCAACAUUUUAUUACUCAGUAAAUUUACAUAUAAAACCAAUGCCCAUAAACCCCAAAGUUUUUUCAUAAACUAAGGAAAAUUUGUUCCACUGAAAAAAAUGUAUCAUUUUUCAACAUUUACAAGAAAUGAAUAAGAAAUAAAAUUUCCCAUGAAAUAUACAACUAGACGGUGUUUAUUUAUAGUUCAUAGAAUAAUCACAGAGACACAAUUAAAGCAAAGAAAUUCCCAUUAGAAUACAAGUUCAAAUCAUACAUCAUUUUACCCAAAAAUCCAAAACAAAUGUACCUAUGCCAACAAAAUAAUUCAUAAAACAUUCACAAAACAUGUGGCAUCAUUAUAGGUGGAACGACACAAAAACUCAAAACUGCGAUGUUAUCCGGUACUACAGUUCAUCCGACACUAAUUCUUGCACCAGUACCUCUAUGUAUGUGGAGAUAAUUAAGUCAUAAUAAUACUUAUAAUACCUGACAUUGUAUCAACAUCUGGGUGUCUGAAAUUAAUGUUAAUCCACGUAAGAUAAAUUACUGUGUUCACCACCUUGCUGAAAAAAUCUAUGAUGAACUUAUUGCACAAAAUAUUACAUAUAAAACCACUGUCAUUCAAAAAUCAUCUAGGAAAAUAAUAGAAAAUCAUAGAAAAAUUUUUUGUUAGUGUGUGUGUGAAUGAUUUGGGGUGAAACUGAUAUUAAACAUACAUGAAACAAUUUUCUCAGACAAUCAUGUUGGAUAUUAUCUCGUUGUUAUAUUUAUUUCCAUUACUCAUCCUUUUGACUACAUGUAAUUGAAAUUUUUGUUAUUGAUAUACAUGUAUGUACUAUCUUAAUAUGCCAGACAAUAAAUCAGACUUGAGUCUUAUAUUAUGAUUUUAAGGUAUAUUAAAAUUUAUCUGGAAUCCAGAUAGCUGAUAUAUAUAAUUAUAUAUUAAAAACCAAUAAAUGACUUUCUGGAGAGAAAAAAACUACAUAUUAAUAAAUGAAUAACAAACGGCAAAAUAUCUAUGGUAUUACACACCGUUACGGUAAUACUUUUUAUAUACAAUUAAUUCCUUUUUAAAUAAAUGAGCUAAGUUUGUUUUCUUUUAUAUUAUAUAAUUAUUUAAACUCAGCAACUUUUUUCAUGUUAAGCAUU